CCGGAUGGAGAUGCACAUGUGCGUAGUUACAGUGUGUCCGGAGCAGUGCUGUUUCAUUCACCGGUCUUGUCUAGUCUCCUCUCAGUACUAUCCUGACUGUGUAGGAACAGCAGCGACUUCAGGGCUCUCUCCACGACUGACACUACUUAACAAACAGAAUGCUCCGCUUGCCCAGUGUACUGCGACAGGUGCGGCCGGUCUCCCGUGCCCUCGCCCCCCACCUCACCCGCGGCUACGCCAAGGACGUGAAGUUCGGCAGUGAAGCCAGGGCGCUGAUGCUGCAGGGCGUGGACCUGCUGGCCGACGCCGUGGCUGUUACCAUGGGACCCAAGGGCCGCACGGUGAUCAUUGAGCAGAGCUGGGGCAGCCCCAAGGUGACCAAGGAUGGCGUGACAGUGGCCAAGGCCAUCGACCUGAAGGACAAGUACCAGAACAUCGGCGCCAAGCUGGUCCAGGACGUGGCCAACAACACCAACGAGGAGGCGGGUGAUGGCACCACCACCGCCACUGUGCUGGCCAGAGCGAUCGCCAAGGAGGGCUUUGAGAAGAUCAGCAAGGGGGCCAACCCUGUGGAGAUCCGCAAGGGUGUCAUGCUGGCUGUGGAGGUCGUCAUCAACGAGCUGAAGAGGCUGUCCAAGCCAGUCACCACCCCUGAGGAGAUCUCGCAGGUGGCCACAAUCUCUGCCAAUGGUGAUCAGGAGAUUGGCAACCUCAUCUCGGACGCCAUGAAGAGAGUGGGGCGCAAAGGCGUCAUCACAGUCAAGGAUGGUAAAACUCUGCAUGAUGAGCUGGAGAUCAUUGAAGGCAUGAAAUUCGACCGGGGUUACAUCUCUCCCUACUUCAUCAACACUGCUAAAGGUCAGAAGUGUGAGUUCCAGGACGCUUAUCUGCUCCUGAGUGAGAAGAAGAUCUCCAGUGUCCAGUCCAUUGUUCCUGCUCUGGAAAUCGCAAACCAGAACCGCAAGCCCCUGGUCAUCGUGGCCGAGGAUGUGGACGGGGAGGCCCUCAGCACGCUCGUGCUCAACAGGUUGAAGGUGGGGCUGCAGGUUGUGGCAGUCAAGGCUCCAGGCUUUGGAGACAACAGGAAGAACCAGCUGCGAGACAUGGCCGUCGCCACCGGGGGCGCUGUGUUUGGGGAUGACGUGUCCGGCCUCACUCUGGAGGAUAUUCAGCCUCACGACUUCGGGAAGAUAGGGGAGGUCAUCAUCACCAAGGAUGAUACCAUGCUGCUCAAAGGCAAGGGAGACAAGGAGGACGUGGAGAAGCGCAUUCAGCAGAUCGUGGAGGAGCUGGAAGUCACCACCAGUGACUAUGAGAAGGAGAAGCUCAACGAGAGGCUGGCCAAGCUGUCUGACGGAGUUGCUGUGCUCAAGAUUGGUGGCACGAGUGACGUGGAGGUGAACGAGAAGAAGGACCGCGUGACGGACGCUCUGAAUGCCACGCGUGCCGCGGUGGAGGAGGGCAUCGUACAAGGAGGAGGCUGUGCUCUGCUGAGGUGCAUCCCUGUGCUGGACACCAUCAAACCAGCCAACGAAGACCAGAAAGUGGGUAUUGAAAUUAUCCGUAAUGCCCUGCGUAUCCCUGCCAUGACGAUAGCGAAGAACGCGGGAGUGGAGGGCUCUCUGGUGGUGGAGAAGAUCCUGCAGAGCUCGGAUGAGAUCGGCUACGACGCGCUGCUUUGCACCUACGUCAACAUGGUCGAGAAGGGCAUCAUCGACCCCACCAAGGUUGUCCGGACCGCACUGAUGGAUGCGGCAGGCGUGGCGUCUCUGCUCUCCACAGCUGAAGCCGUGGUGACAGAGCUGCCCAAGGAGGAGAAGGAUGCUCCCAUGGGGGGAGGCAUGGGCGGGAUGGGUGGGAUGGGCGGGAUGGGCGGAGGCAUGUUCUAGCCCUCCUAACCGUCUCACACUCUAUCCCUUCACAGCCUUUGCCAAGACUGCCCUCUCUCUAUCCCCACUCCUUGCAGUGGGGGUGGGGAGAGGGAUCCGUCUGCCACGUGUUGGAGAGAGCAGCGGGAGGGACACUCAAAGACAUUCAUUGCUUCUCGGGACUGAAGCUGUUCUCAACACAACCCAUCUGUCUACUUCUAGCUCUGUGUAUCCCGGUCUCUGUCCCCCUGCUCUCCCAGCUUUGCCAUUUAUUUUCUAUUUGAAGUAAUUGCCAUUUUCUCAUGAUAGACUUUUUUUGGGUACUUGGGUGUGCAAAAUAAAUAUUAAUUGUAUUCUUCCUUGUGGCAAUGUGCCCCGCCCGUGUGUGUUAUAUGUUGCGUGUGGUGUGUUAAUGUUGGUGUAUAGGUAUUGGUGCACGGGAUAUAAAUGGAUCUGUGUAGCACGAGUGAUUUAAAAUAUGUAGUUGUAUUUAGGCACAGGGAUUGCACUAUCAUUUCGCCCAAGGAUGUCUCUCCCGUUCUUUCGACCUGAACACACAACCCCGAGUGAGUGCUUUGUGCAUCUAUAUAUACAAUUGUGCUGGGAUUCAAUGACCAAUUAAUUAUUCACUUAAAUCCCAGCACGUAUUUUUAUUAUUACAUACUUUAACGUGAAGUUCAAUCCCUGUGCCUAAAUACAACUACAUAUUUUAAAUCACUCGUGCUACACAGACCCAUUUAUAUCCCGUGCACCAAUACCUAUACACCAACAUUAACACACCACACGCAACAUAUAACACACACGGGUGGGGCACAUUGCCACAUUCCUCCUGAAGAGAAACACAGAAUUAUAGAAAAUGCGAUUCAUGUGAGAGCUCAGCCAUUCUAAUCUGGGUUUCUAUACAAAGAUGUGAGUUACCGCAUAUUAGCAUAGUGUCACUGAGAAGGACGCGUGAGAUUAUCUUGUCUCUCUGUGUUAGUUUGAGCCACAGUGGAAUGCGAUAGGGAUGCUUGUCGGAUCUCUUCCUUCUCUAUCGCCUGUUUGUACUGUAGAAGCCAUUUUGCAUUCCUGAGAUGGCACAGACCAAGAUCCCAUUGGAAUUUGAGAAUGCAUUUCUGGUCAGGCCAUCCCCCCGCAGUCUUCUCCAGUUCUGAGAGUCUCUUUCUCUUCCAUCAUUUCUGGUGAUAACACCUUGGUGCACUAUGGGUGAGUGAGAGGGAGGGGCUAUUGGGAAGGUGGGUUCCAGAUUGGAGCAUGAACUGGGAGUAGGUGGGCAGUCUGCCCUGGACUGGGGUCUGUCUGCAAUUCCUGCAUCAUCUUAAACAUCUCAAUCAUUUGUUGGGUCAAAACAGAGUUUGCUUUUCAAAGCAUUUAAUGAUGCAGAAUUAUUUCGUUUUUAUUUAAGAAACUCUUUUCUGUACAAGGCAUCCCUAUGCUUAUUAAACAUUUUGUACAAUUUAGCCAUUUAAUUAAAUACUUUUUUGUUUAAUAAAAUCGGAUAUUCUUCAAAUGUUAA